AUGGCAGAAGAUAGCUUGGUCCACAAUAAUUUGUACCUUCAUCCCUACGAGAAUUCAAUCGAUGCCCUUGUUUCACCGGUUCACGAUGAUACAAAUUAUCACUCUUGGUGUCACUCCAUGUUAACAACUCUUAGUGCCAAAAACAAGUUUGAAUUCGUUCUUGGUAAUGUUCAUCCACCUGAAAAGGACAAGCCAGAGCAUGCCGCCUAUAAUGGCAGAAACAACAUGGUUGUCUCAUGGAUCGUCCACUCUGUUUCCAUGUCCAUCAAACAAAGCAUCAUAUGGAUGAACCAAGCCUCAGAGAUCUGGAACGACAUAAAGAACAAAUUUUUUCAAGGAAGUAUCUCUCGCAUUUCUAGCCUUCAACUUGACAUUGCUACUCUUCGUCAAGGUGACCUUACCAUUUCUAAGUAUUUCACCAAGCUGCGCAUUCUUUGGGAUGAGAUAGAAAAUUUUCGUCCAAAACCUCUUUGUACCUGUAAACUCGAUUGUGGUUGUGAAGUUCUAACUAUUGUGAAACAAAGAAAGAAAGAAGACCAAGUUAUGCAAUUUUUACGAGGAUUAAAUGAUCAAUUUACUAACGUUGCUUCGCAUGUGCUUCUAUUGGACCAUAUUCCAGACAUCAGCAAAGUUUUUUCACCGGUAGCACAACAAGAAAGACAAUUGUCUAGUGCAAAUCUGAUUGUUGCGACUAAGACUCAAGACAUUGGUAAUGUCACUGCCUGCACCGCUUCCACCUCCUCCACCGUUUUUAAUUAUUGUGGAAAGUAUGGGCACAGUGAAGUUGUAUGCUACCGCAAGAAUGACUUCCCUAAUCAAGACAAAGGUUUCAAAAGUGCACUGACUGGCAGAAAGCAUUGCACUCAUUGCAACAAAAGCGAUCAUACUAUGGAGGUUUGCUAUGAAAAGCAUGGAUAUCCUCCAGGACAUAAGUUCUAUAAUAAGCAUACCCAUAUUCAUCAUACCUCUGUCCAAAAAGACAAUGGGAAUGUCAAAGAUAGCAAUUCUAACAACAGUGAUCACAUACGCCUCACACCACAACAAUUUCAAGUUUUUGCAGAGCUCUUCAAAGACCACAAUCUGAAUUAUGCUUUCACUUCUGCUUAA